CAUCUCACUUUGUACUACCAUCGUCUACCCAUGCGCGGUUAUCCAUUUAUCAUCACGCUGUGUGCUUCUAUCAAUGUAGCAUCGGCCCUAUACUCAGGCAAAUGGUGUCCCCGCGCCUGCGCCACAGCCGUGGACUACGCCACUUUCAAUGACACCGAUUCAUCACUGUCACGGAAGGUGCGAGCAUGCCAGAGUGAGCUUCGCAUAAACUCGCUUUAUCUCUGCUUUGAUGAAUACUGCGAUAGUGAUGGAGAAAGAGAAGGAUGGAUCAGAGACCAAAGGCCUGCGUGUAACAAGCGCACCAAUGUCACACUGCCAAGCUAUCACGAUGUUGUGGACCGGUGGGAGCCGGAUGCUAAGCAGGGUGUGAGGAGAUUGACAGCGGAUGACGCAAUGAAGUAUCCUGUUCUGAACGAGACCGUGAUACCAGAUGCGAGCUUUUUCGCGAGAUCUUUCACGACAAUGGACGCUGCCUGGUGGGAAUAUGAUAUACAUCUUGUCUACGGCUGGUACAUGUACUAUUUCUGGAUAGUAGUCAUCGCGAUCGGAAUCGGUACACGCCUCCUGUCGCUCAUCCGCAACCUUAACGUCCAAAACCAGAAAUAUCGGUCGAUCCCACACACGGAAUCAGAGCCACUGACGAGACCUCGAAGCAUCCUUAGCCGCCCACAAGCCUGGCUAAAACAGUACCUCAUCGUCCCCGCAGCAUUCGGCGACCGCUGCUCUCGCCCGUUGGGCUGGUGUACCAUCCCUCCACGGAUGCAGUCUCUCACCAUCUUCCUCUUCAUCUCUUUCAACAUUCUACUCUGUAGCUGCUCUUACCGCCUGACAGAUGGCAACAUCUACUGGCCGCAGAAAACGGCGCAGCUAUUGCGCUAUGUGUCUGACCGUACAGGCAUUAUUUCCCUGGCAAACUUCCCGCUGGUAUGGCUUUUUGGCAUGCGCAAUGAUUUUCUAAUGUGGAUCACGGGAUGGGGAUUUGGAACAUACAAUGCUUUCCAUAAAUGGGUGGCCAGAGUGUCUACAUUGCAGGCUGUGGUGCAUAGUCUGGGAUAUACACUCAUGAUAAUAGAGAGCAGUGGCUGGUCAUACUUUUGGCAGUAUUGGACCGCACAUUACUUCUGGAAUGGAGAAGUGGCGACAAUAGCAAUGUGCGCAAUCCUUGCCUUCUCCUUUUACGGUAUUCGCCGCGCACACUACGAAAUCUUCCUCAUUACGCAUAUUGUGCUCUCUAUCGUCGCAUUAUGGACCAUGUACUACCAUGUCGCGAUAUUCGUUGACGGCGAGUGGAACAUCUUUAUUUGGCCUUGCCUCGGGUUCUGGAUCUUGGAUCGCCUUUUGCGCCUCGGCCGCAUGCUUUCCUUCAACCGGAAUCCUUUCAAUACCCACGCUACUGUAAGCUAUGAUCCGAACAGCAACUUGGUCAGGAUGGACGUCAACGGAAGUAAGAACUGGAUAUCCCCCAAGCCGGGAACCUAUUAUUAUAUCUAUGUGUUAAACGAUCUUCUAUACGCGUAUCAGAGCCAUCCUUUUACAUUGGCGUACGAAUCUUCUGACAACGCCUCACCACCAACUCCACUAUCACCACUGGUUCCUCGACCACCGCCACAUCGGUCAUCUUCGUCUCUUUCCACUGAGUCUACUGAAUCCGACGCUCUACUCACUCCGACCACUAAAGCUCAGUCAAUAUCAAAUCUUGUCUUCCUCAUCCGGCCCUACGAUGGCUUCACCUCGCGCCUCAAAUCACAUUGCCUCUUGCACCCCAAGAAACUCAGGGUCCUUGUUGAAGGACCAUACGGUCAUACCGAACCGCUUCACACAUUCCAAAAUGUUCUUUUUAUCGUUGGUGGCACUGGGAUCGCAGUCCCACUAUCACAUCUACACCGGUUGCUGCAAGCAGACUCACUCGUCCAAAGCGUGAAGAUAAUAUGGGCCGUCCGCGAACACGCCUUUCUGGAGUCUGUCCUUCGCGAAUUCAAAGGGCAACUCGGUGAUGAGAGAAUCGAGAUGGAAGUCCAUGUCACACGGGAUGAGGACGCUAAAGAUGAGGUGCUAGCGGAGAAUUUAAAGAGCGUGAGGAUCAUGACGCAUCGCCCGAACGUGGCUGCUGCGGUUGAGGAGACAGUGAGAGAUGCGGGACAAGCGGCGUUGGCAGUUGUGGCGUGUGGGCCUGCGCUAAUGGCUGAUGAGGCGCGCAGGACUACAGUGGAGAUGUUGGGGAGGGGGUUUAGGGCAUUGGAGUACUUUGAGGAGAGCUUUAAGUGGUAGAGCACAUCGCAUUUUCCAGCACAAUUAGAGGUCUCGGUAUGUUGCAUCAACUCUAGACAUAAUAUUUCUAAAUGCACAUAAUUGCAAUACAUCAUCGUAAAU